AUGAGAGGUCAGAAAAGUAUUUUGCGAGGAGUAAGCGGAUGCUUUCGAUCUGGGGAGUUGACAGCUAUCAUGGGAAUAUCUGGAGCGGGAAAAAGUACUUUGCUAAACAUAUUGGCUGGAUACAAGGCAUACGAAGCUACUGGUUCCAUUCUUGUCAAUGGAUCUCCUCGAGAUAUUCGAUUAUUUCGCAAAAUGUCUCGGUAUAUCAUGCAAGAAGAUUUACUACAGCCGCGACUCACAGUUGCAGAAGCUAUGAAAAUUUCAGCUGAUCUCAAAUUGGGCAACGAAAUUAGUACUGAACAGAAGGAACACUUA